CCACCCCGGGCCGGGCGCUCGGGAGAGAGAAUCGCGCUCGGAGCCCAGCGCAGCUCCCAGACCCUGACAUCGGGCUCACCCCAAGCAUCCUUCCUGGGGGUUGCGGAAAGUGGAGUUACUCCGUCGUUCCGAGGACCUGGGAGGAGCACUCAGUACUACCCCAGGAGCAGGAGUCCUUGGGGGCGCACACCCAGCCAAGCCGGAGCCUGCGUUUCCCGAGGGGCCCCUGCCCGCAUCUGGGGCGAGAUGGCCGCAGGCGUCCGGGCGUCCGAGCCCCGGGUCCUCGUCUGCCUCGGGGCGCUACUGGCCCGCUGGGUCGCCGCAGGACUGGAGGCUGUCGUCAUUGGAGAAGUUCACGAGAAUAUCACGCUGCGCUGUGGCAACAUCUUGGGACCGAGGGGCCUCAUAACCUGGUACCGCAAUGACUCGGAGCCUGUCUUCCUCCUGUCCUCCAAUUCCAGCCUCCCGCCAGCCCAGCCACGCUUCUCUCUGGUGAAUGCCAGCUCCCUGCACAUGGAGGCGCUGAGCCUGCAGGAUGAAGGGAACUACACCUGCUGGGAGGUCCUGAACAAGACUCGGUGGUUCCAGGUGUGGCUGCAGGUGGCCAGAGGCCCCUAUCAGGUUGAGGUCAACAUCUCCAGCACUGGCAGGCUCCCCAACGGCACGCUGUAUGCGGCCAAGGGCUCCCAGGUGGAUUUCUGCUGCAGCAGCAGCUCCUGGCCUCCGCCCAUGGUUGAGUGGUGGUUCCGGGCCCCGGAUUCUAGCACCGAGCCCUUCGGAAACAACCUGACGGCCAGCUGCUUCACGCUGUUACUGAUGUCGCAGAACCUCCAAGGGAACUACAGCUGUUUGGCCACAAACAUGCUUGGCGGGAGACAUCGAAAGGUGACCACCGAGCUCCUGGUCUACUCGCCCCCUCCGUCAGCCCCUCAGUGCUGGGCAGAGCUGUCGCCAGGAUUGUUCACGCUGCAGCUCAGCUGUCGCUGGGCCGGAGGAUACCCAGACCCAGACCUCCUGUGGACAGAAGAGCCAGGAGGUGUGGUUAUGGGGACGUCAAAGCUGGGGGUUGAGAUGCUGAACCAGCACCAGCUGUUGGAUGGCAAGAAGUUCAAGUGUGUCGGGAGCCACAUAGUGGGGCCGGAGUUGGGAGCCAGCUGUGUGGUACAGAUCAGGAGCCCCUCCCUUCUCUCUGAGCCCAUGAAGACUUGUUUCGUGGGAGGCAAUGUGACGCUCACCUGUGAAGUGUCUGGAGCCUACCCCCCUGCCAAGAUCCUGUGGCUGAGCAACCUCACCCAGCCGGAGGUCAUCAUCCAGCCCAGCAGCCACCACCUCAUCACCCAGAGUGGCCAGAGCUCCACCCUCACCAUCCGCAACUGCUCCCAGGACCUGGACGAGGGCUACUAUGUCUGCCGGGCUGAGAACCCCGUGGGGGUGAGGGAGGUGGACAUCUGGUUGAGCGUGAAAGAACCUGUAAACAUCGGGGGAAUUGUGGGCACCAUCGUGAGCCUCCUUCUGCUGGGACUGGCCAUUAUCUCUGGGCUUCUGUUGUACUACAGCCCUGUGUUCUGCUGGAAAGUAGGAAGCACUUUCAGGAGGCAAGACAUGGGUGAUGUCAUGGUUUUGGUGGAUUCAGAAGAGGAAGAGGUGGAAGAAGAGGAAGAUGCUGCAGAAGAGGAAGAGGAGGAAGCAAGUGAGAGGGAGGAGUCUCCAAAAGAAGUAACCAAGUACGGCCACAUCCACAGAGUGACCGCACUGGUGAAUGGGAAUGUGGACCGGAUGGCCAAUGGACUCCAGGCUCUGCAGGAUGACAGCAGUGAGCAGCAGAGUGACAUCAUUCAAGAAGAAGACAGGCCAGUUUGAGGAAGACAACUGUCCUUUGUUAUCCUGUCUCAAAAGCUUGGAAAGCUACGUCGAAGAUGAGUUUUAUAUUGUGCUUCAGUUGACUUGCAUCCCUGCCUGAGGGCUGAAAACGGUUUGUGGCUCUCAGCAAAAAAAAGGAAAACACACACACAUCUUUCCUUCCCUUUUUCUUCUUUUUUCUAAAUUGGUUUGAUUUACUGUAAGUUUUCUCAACAAUGCUGAAAAGCUUUGGAACGGGCAGUGUUGGGGGGAAAGCUGCAUUUGGUAUCUGAGGUGCCCCUGUCGCUGUGCCCCUGGCUUUCUCCAGGUUGACUGAUGAUGAGAUGGGGGAGGCACUUGGCCUCGGCGCCCUUUGUCACUGUUAAAGUCUGUAACCAGCUCGCCCCAGCACACAAGGGAAUACUGUGGGGUGAUAAGGACACUUCCUUUUUCACUGCCCCGGUGAGCUGAGGAACCAGGCACACGUCAGCUCUCUGGAAAAGGUGAGGGGGGUCAGCUACUGAUCCUAAUCCGAGGGAGGCACUUUGGUUCGGGUUUUGAGUCGGAAACACCUGGUCUUGAAUCUGGACUCUGCUCCUUACCUGUUUCAUGGGCUUGGGCAGGUCCUGAGCCUCGAUUUCUUCAUCUGUGAAAUGGGUGAAAUCACACCUAUCUUACAGGGCUAUGGUGGGGACCAAGGUACUUCAGGGUGUGAGCGUGCCUCGGAGGUGCUCCGUAGAUGUUAGUUAUCUUCUCCUUUGCCUUCCUUAGCGGAAGAAGAAAAAUGUCAACUGUUCAGUUACAAACUGCUGCCUGGGCCUUCCAUUCUCUGUAGAAUAUUCCAGACCAGGGCAUCAUCAGAGCUCUCCUGGGGAUUUUUGCCUCCCUGGAGAUAGAAUUCUUUUCAAAAGAGGUAGGGGCUGAUAAGAGGAAGUGCCUUUCAUUAGAAUCUCGCAUUUUCCAGAGCUUCGUGUUUAGAAAAGCCUCUUAGGUGAUGCACUAUUAGCUUUCAGACUUUCCCAUCCUUCCUUUCUCCUGUGGCUUUGAAAAAGGCAAGGAGAAAUGUUUUGUAACAGAGUAGAUCAGUUCGUCUGGCCUCGGUUUCUUGAUCUUGGAAAUGGGAAUGGGAAAGCUUGUUUCCUUCCUACUUCUUAAGGAAGAUACGCUGCUCAAUAAUGCUAAGUUUUGAAUGAAAAUAACAUAUGAUGAGUUUAAGCUGCUGCUGUUCCCUGUACAGUUUAGAGAUUUUUUUUUCUUUCUAAUUUCAUCCUAAUCUCUUAAAUGUCAGGGACCUUCUAAGGGUGUAAAAUAUGUGUGCUAAACUUGAAAAUCUGACUUGAAUUUGCACUCUUCAAUGUUGCAUAUCCUGCUCUGAUGGGCACGACUUAAAGGAGAACUUCCCUCUCCAAUAACAGGACUUGGGACUCCUAAGAUGAGAAGUGUGUUGCCUGCAGGGUUACCUUGCAGGUGUGGUUGGAGCAGGUCCACUUUCUUGGAUGAAGGAACUAAACUGAGGGAGUCACUAGAAGUGAACCCUGUCCCCAGCUCAGAACACUGGGGAGGUCAGAGGCUGGCUCCAAUGUCUACCCGUUAGGGAUAGCUGUGACCUGCAGUUCUCUUGUUGGGCUGGGUCUUUCGCUGCGUGGAACCUCACAUUCUUUUUUUGCGUUAUGGGGGCCUCUCACUGUUGUGGCCUCUCCCGCUGCGGAGCACAGGCUCUGGACGCGCAGGCUCAGCGGCCAUGGCUCACAGGCCCAGCCGCUCCGCGGCAUGUGGGAUCUUCCCGGACCGGGACACGAACCCGUGUCCCCUGCAUCAGCAGGCAGACUCUCAACCACUGCGCCACCAGGGAAGCCCGGAAUCUCACAUUCUUAACCACUCUAACCAGUCUAAGUUAGUGUCAUUUCAGAACGGAUAAUUGACAGGUUGUGUUUAAACUCACUGCACACUGAGCUGGUCUCUGGAUCCGACAGUCCACCCUGCAGAGGCGACCAUACUUAAAAAGGGAAAAAGCAAAGAAACUAUUGGGGGAAAAAAAAAAAAUCCCUAGCUGGGAAUGCAGAGAAUGAUUUGCAAGAUCACUGAGAUGCUUCCUGCGACUUCCUCUUCUCCUGCGUGCACACCUAAUGAUAGGGAAAUCUUCGAGGCAGGAUUUUUCCACUAGUAAAUGGGAGCUUCAGGGUCUUGGUGCCAAACAUUAUUAACCCUUGUCCAGCUGAGCUGUGAUUGUUGUCACUUAUAUCUGAGCCCUGUGUGCACAGAUAACAUUGCUGGGUCAGUUAAGAGCUGAGGUACUGGGGGGGUCUUCAAGCUUUAAGGAUUUUAAAGAAUUAGGGCUUUUUUUCUUUUCUUUAAGAUGACCCAUCCCCAACUCCACCAGUACGUUGACAGCAGGUUACAGACUUUCUGUGGCAAAGUCCAACUUGUUACAUUGUGCUUUAAAAUAAAAUCUUAUCUGAAUGUAUUGUGAACUGGAGAUGAAGAGAUAUACUUACCAGAACCAGGAAGAUAAAUACUUCCAGGCCAUUGCAACUGACAUUCCUUUUCCUCAAAACCUGGUGGACAUUGGGAAAGGGGCUGUCAUAAUCCUGUGGCUUUGAUAGCAGCUCCCAUUCUCACAAGCACACACCAACCCUAUUACUGCAGCAGGAAAGCCCAUGAUGGAAAAUUUCCCUAACGCAGGCACUGAGACCUGGAAAAUCAUCCUUGCUGGGUAAAGUUUAUUAUGAUGCAGCAUGUGCCAACCGGCAUUUCUCACCAUGGUCCUGGCCAGGAACUGCUGCAAAAAGAACGAGACAGAUCUCUCUGCAUUAUUUACAUUUUAAUAAUUGGUGUGGAGGCGAGGUUGGGAGAAAUUCAUUCUGAGGUUAUAAUAUGGAUUUUUUUAAGAUAAUGGAAUAAAGUUAUUUUUAAAUAAAUGCUUUAGUCAUCUUCAUUUAGACCUGAUUAAUAAACUGAAAGAUUUGGGGAAGUGGAUUUGCUGCC